UCUUUUUCUUCGCAGGAUGUUGAGAAUAAGUGACUGUGAAACUUGAGUGAAUCUUGAAACCUCGACUUUCUAAUCUUGGUUUGAGGCCAUCUGCAAGGAAUAUGGCGAACACAAAUGCUCCCGCGUCCUCGGUGAAGCAGGAGAACAGGGCAGACGAUGAUGAAAUCGGACGAUUGGCUGAGCAGAUGCGGCAGAACCUGGCGCGGGCACCACCAACCAACGCCGCAACCCUCCAGUUCAAUAGAGCCCUUUUGGAUAAAAUUGCUCUUCCGAAAGUCAUUGAUGAAUCAUCUACGGACGCAGACUCUGUUAAAGGUCGCUUUGGAUGGGUU